ACGGGAACUACAACCCCCAAGUAGCUUUGCGGCGUCGCCUGGCCAACGGGACGCCGCUCGAUCACGUGUUGUAACGGCCGCGCCGAGAGGCGGGAAGGAGCCCCUCGGUUAACGCAUGUAAUUCCAGCUUCUAUUGAAAACAGCACUGCAGCUCAACCAUGGCAAUUCCUGCAGCACCACCAAGCUAUGCUGAGGUGAUGGCGAGUAAGGAACAGCUAUUCUCAAGCCAGCAGUCUUACUCCAGACAGCAGCCUUAUCCAGGCCAGCAUUCUUACCCUAUGCAACAGCCUUAUCCAGGCCAGCAUUCUUACCCUAUGCAACAGCCUUAUCCAGGCCAGCAGCCAGGGCCGCAACCGCCGACAAUGCCUGUGCAUCCUAGCUGGACAUUUGUGCAGCCUAACCCUGGAAGUGGGUACAGCAGUAGUUAUGGGCCUUCUACAUUCAACCCAUACUCUGAUCCAAGCAGCACUGGGAGCAUCAAUGCAUUUGCUGUAGACUCCUGGAGCAGCCAGAAGAUACGACAUGUCUUUAUCCAGAAGGUUUAUGCCAUCUUGAUGGCACAAUUGUUGGUGACCUUUGGAAUAGUGGCAGUCUUUACAUUCUGUGACCCAGUCAGAAUGUACGUGCGGAACAAUCAUAUUUUGUACUACACCUCUUUUGCUGUCUUCAUCACCACCUACCUCAUUCUUGUCUGCUGUUCCGGAAUCAGGAGACGCUAUCCCUGGAACUUGAUUCUGCUGGCAAUUUUUACUCUGGGCAUGUCAUACAUGGCAGGAAUGCUUACCACUUACCAUAACACAAAGAGUGUGAUGAUCUGCAUUGGGAUCACUGCCUUAGUCUGUCUCGCAGUCAGCAUCUUCUCUUUCCAGACAAGGUUUGACUUCACCUCCUGCCAUGGGCUGAUGUUUGGACUAUUGAUGGUAUUGUUCAUUACUGGGAUAGUAAUGGUCUUUACUGUUCCAUUUGGAUAUCUUCCUUGGUUACAGACAUUUUAUGCUGGACUUGGAGCUCUCGUCUUCACCAUGUUCCUGGCUUAUGAUACACAGCUUCUCCUGGGGAACAAGCGCUACUCUCUGAGUCCGGAAGAACAUGUGUUUGGAGCACUCUGUCUGUACACAGACAUCAUCUACAUCUUUAUGUUUCUCCUCCAGCUGUUUGGAAGUCGGGAUUGAGCAGCUUUAGGCUCCUGCCCAAUGAUUUUAUAUAAUCCUUUAAGCUGCACUCAAUUUUUGUUCUAUCUUUACAAUGUUUUCAAGCAGCCACUAACCUCCUCCCUGAAACCCCAUCCAUCUAUGAGAUCAGUGAUCAUUUCUAUUGCUUUUAUUCAAUUCUCCGACCUUGAAUGAGUAAUAUUAAAAAUUUUAGUCUCUCAAAGUGUGAUAUACAGAGCUUCCCUGAGCUGGAAUGUUCCUGGGAAAGCACACUGAGAAGCUUCUCUCUAAUUUGACCCUACAACCCUCACUCUGUUGUAACUUAAGCUUUAAAUGUAGAAAGCAUGUAACAACCCAGUUCCAUUCCAUCCACAGUGAUGCUGACGGAUGCUUGGUAGACACUUUCUCUGAUGUAUCAAAGUGGUCUAUUCGACACGAGUAGGCAUCAAAACCGCACAUUCCCUCUAAGGGGCUAUCCAAGGGUGAGCACUUCGGCGGAUUUUCUCCAUCUCCUUACUAGCCGUCAUUCUCCGUACCUCCCUACAGACUAGAGAGCAUGACCUCAGCAGAUCACUUCCCCUUGUUUUUUUUUAACAAUCAAAACCGAUUUUGGUUUCACUGUACUUUGUGUUGUGUAAAGUAUGUCCCAGGCACAAUUGUCAGUCUGGAUAAAUUUUACCUGUGUUCAGCUUCAAAUAGAUAGUUAUGUAUUUUGGGUCUGGCUGGCAGGUUUACCACACAUAAAAGGCAGCAAAAUCUUAUUAAGUCCCUAUAUGAUUUCACUGCAUGCUGUUUCUUGUUCUCUAAUCAACAGUUGUGCCUGUCCUGUCACCAACUCAAUUACACCAAGUCUGUGGUAGUGAUUCCCAUAUCCCUGUUAUGCAACAGAGUUGGCAGCAGCCAAGUGCUGAUGUAUUGUGGCAUAUUUCAGCGUUAGUCUCACUCGCUCUGCCACCUCCAACUCCACUGCAUCAUCCAGUACCCAGUGUGUAGGCUGCAGCACUAGCAAUUCAGCCAUGCUUACUAUUGCUAAUACGUGCGGUACUUUCCUCUUUGAUGUCAGGCUGGCCCAGUGUGCAAAGUCAGUAGCCUUAGCUCACCAAUGACUGAAGGAUCCACUAAGCAGGUUCUCUCCAUAUUCUGUUUAUACUGAGGCAGCCUCUGUCCUUGAAACUCACUUUCAGUGAAAAGUAUAACUGAAUAAAAAUAGGUAAAUGGCCUUUCAAAACAAGGAUAGAAUUUCAGGCAGCGUAUUAAUGUGAAACCUGUGACAGUAUUUUCUAAAUAUCUGCAAUCUUUGUGCUCUUUGAAUUAAAAUUGUUACUGCCUUUCAA